AUGGCUGAUAUACAGGUGCGCGACCAUGCCAUGUCGCCAACAGAGACCUUGACCUCAGACCUCUCCCGCCAAACCACAAACUCGGAUUAUGGCGAUCUGGAACCCGACGACUUCGAGGAAAAGUCGCAGGACGACCGCCCGGCUGCGUCCAUCGCGACAGGCCGGUCGGCCAGUCUCAACAGAACAGUCUCUCGAAGAGAGACUAUCUUGUCGUCGAUCAGAUCCCGGGCACCCAUAGGCGCUUUCACCCAUCCGCUAGAGCAUCAGAAGACGACAGUCGAAGACCUGGUCGACUUCGACGGCGCUGAUGAUCUGUACAGGCCCGUCAACUGGAACAUGAAGAAAAAAGUCCUCACCACAGCCUUGUACGGGUUCACCACCAUGACCGCCACCUGGGCGAGCAGUAGCUACAGUCCAGGUACACAGCAGGUCGCCGAGCAGUUUCACAUUGGGACCGAGGUCUCGACGCUAGGGACGACGCUUUUCUUGAUAGGAUUCGGGAUCGGCCCCUUGCUUUGGGCACCCCUCUCAGAGGUCUAUGGCAGAAAAAAUGCUGUCCUGCCGCCCAUGUUUGUCGCUGCCUGUUUCUCCUUCGGAACUGGUGCAGCCAAGGACAUACAGACCAUCAUGAUCACCAGAUUCUUCACCGGGUUCUUCUCCUCCGCGCCUGUCACUAACACCGGAGGCGUAUUGAGUGACUUGUUCCCGGCGUCCCAGCGAGGCAUCGCAAUCGCGUCGUAUGCAAUGGCGGUCGUCAUCGGCCCGGUGUUCGGACCCAUUGUUGGCGCCGCCCUGGUCGUCCAGCCCGGCCUCAGAUGGCGAUGGACCGAGUAUAUCACUGGAAUUAUCCAGCUCUUUGUCUUGGUCCUCGAUGUCAUUUUCCUGGACGAGUCAUACCCUCCUCGACUUCUGGUGUACAAGGCGCGACGCCUGCGACAUCAAAGCGGAAACUGGGCUCUUCAUGCCAAGUUUGAGGAGUGGGAUGUGUCUGUGACAGAGCUGGCGCAUAAGUUUUUGGUUCGACCGUUCCAGUUGUUGAUGACUCCAAUUUGCGCACUGGUGGCCCUCUAUGCGAGCUUCUGCUAUGGGAUUUUGUACAUGCAACUUGGUGCCAUCCCCAUCAUCUUUGGCGAACACCGCCACUGGAAACUACUCCCCUCUGAACUUCCAUUUCUGGCGAUUCUCUUGGGAGCCAUUACCGGCGCCGUCAUCAACGUUUUCAACCAACUGGUAUAUAACCGCAAAGCCGGAGGCAAAGUGGCGCCUGAAUUGCGUCUGCCGCCGAUGAUGUUUGGAUCUUUUCUUUUCUCGUCAGGGCUCUUUGUCACUGGGUGGACGUCCGACCCGAAGUUCCCAUGGAUUGCCCCGGUCAUCGGGUUGUACAUGACUGGUCUCGGGUUCUUCACCAUAUUUCAAGCGGCUUUGAACUACCUCGUCGAUACAUUCCAAAAGUACGCUGCCAGUGCAGUGGCAGCCAAUACAUUUUUACGAUCAGUCUUUGCUGCAGCGUUUCCACUCGUCGUGACUCCCCUGUACCAUAACGUUGGAGUUCCCUGGGGGACGAGCAUUUUUGGGUUCUUUGCCGUCGCGCUUAUACCCGUGCCGUUUGUGUUCUUUGUUUUUGGCAAGCGCAUCAGAGCAAAGAGUAAAUGGAGCAAGUUCUAG